AUGUCUGGCAUUGAUGGUGAUCUACGCUUUACGCAUGUGGAUCCCGAGACGCAGGACGGCCAUUCCCUCCCUACCAGCGGAUCCGAUGAGUGUCGGUUUCGCCCUUUCCUUCGCCCACUCCCCAAUUUCAAAUUCUGGUUCUCCAUUUCCCGGACGUGUUUGACGGACCACCGUGACUUAUCCAGAGCCACUGCAGUGGGGUACUUGUUUCUUCUGUUGCUCACCUCUUCCUUCAUCAACGUUUCCUCUUCUUGUUCUUGGGGAGCUUGCCAGAUUUAUGAUUCAUGUACCAAGGCUUCAGAUUGUGGUCCAGGUCUUUAUUGUGAGAACUGCCCUAUUUUGGGCAAGAUUUAUCCUUUUUGUAUCAGAAACAAAGCUACCAUUCCCACUUCUAUUAUUAAUGGAUUACCUUUCAACAGAUAUUCGUGGUUGUUAACUCACAACUCGUUCAGCAUGCUGGCUGCUCCAACUUUACCAGGUGUUCAAAGAGUGACAAUUUACAAUCAAGAAGACUCUGUUACUAAUCAACUGGUGAAUGGAGUUAGGGGGCUGAUGUUGGACAUGUACGAUUUCAAGGGCGAUAUUUGGCUCUGCCAUUCAUCCGGAGGGCUAUGUUUCACUCACACUGCCUUCCAACCUGCAAGUAACACAUUGAGGGAAGUGGAAGGAUUCUUGAGUCGAAAUCCAACACAGAUUGUAACCCUUAUAAUUCAGGACUACGUGCGUGCACCCAAAGGCUUAACUAAGCUUUUUGCAACCACCCGUUUGACCAAGUAUUUGUUCCCAUUGUCCAAGAUGCCCAAAAAUGGUGGGGAUUGGCCUACCGUGAAAGAAAUGCUGCAAGCAAAUCACAGGUGUUUGGUCUUCUCUUCAGCUCAAUGGAAGGAAGCGGAUGAAGGAAUUGCUUAUCAGUGGAAUUACUUUUUGGAAAACGAAGCUGGAGACAGUGGGGUACAGCCAGGCAAAUGCCAUAACAGAAAAGAAUCACAGCCGCUUUCUUCAAAAAAGGCUUCACUUUUCCUAAUGAAUUACUUCGCCACUUUACCAGCUGAAGAUGUAGUUUGCAAAGAGCAUUCAAAACCACUAACUGACAUGGUCCAAACCUGCUAUAGAGCAGCUGGGAAUAAGAUGCCCAACUUCUUGGCAGUCGACUUUUAUCUGCGGAGUGAUGGAGCUGGUGUUUUUGGCGAUCUGGAUACCAUGAAUGGCCGAACAUUAUGCGGAUGUAGUACUAUUAAAGCCUGUCAGCCUGGGAAACCAUUUGGAACUUGCAGGAAUGUUUCAUCGCGUGGUUGA